AUGGACAGCGUCAAGGAGGCCUCGGAUGCCAUGCCCGCCAAACAGACUCAGCAAGAGGAGAUUCUGGCAAACAAGCCCAUCCCCAAGCCCAACCUCAACGCUACCGAGGCCGAGAAUGUCUACCCUAUCGGCAUGCUCAUCCCUGCAGCAGACAUGCGCAACUUGACGGUCAAGGAAUGGCAGGACAGCAAUGGCGAGGACCUCAAGUUUUCUUCGCGUUAUGUCGCCAACCGUGUCGCUCCCAUUGCUGUUCGUGACGACGUCCAGAGACUCAAGGCUCUCAAAUACCUCAUGCUUCUGAUCGAGUUCAACCUCGCUCUCAAACCAGCAGGAAAGGCCGGCAAGAAGGUGCCACAGAAGGACCAACUACGAAGCAAGCUGCAGGACUGGCCAGAGACUCUGAUCGAGAGUGUCAGGAGGCGAUUCUCGGACAACAACGAACUCAACAAAUGGCACAUGGAUAACCUCAUCACACACAUGGCUGCCAUCUCGCUGUUCAUUGAUGGCUACAAACUCGACACACACGAUUUACGCGAGGACUUGCGUCUGGAGAACAAGCAGUAUGUUCCUCGUUCCAUACUAUCUCAUGUCAUUAUGCUAACACAAGUCUACAGGAUGUCACAGUACUUUAUGGAGCUCGGCUGCAAGGUCAACAACCCUACCGAGAGAGAGCAAGCAGAAUUCAAGAUCCCUAACAAGGCCGUCGCCGCGCAACGCAGAGUUGCCAAGUUGAAGAUUCCUCUCGACUUCCCCAAGGUCAGGAUGAUGGCUCGCAGAAGAUGA